AUAUGGUAACACUGAAAGCUAAGAAGGAAGAUGGCAGCUCAGAGCAGAUGAAUGGUCACAUCUCUGAAAACAUAAAUAUUUGUGGGAAACAAGAUGUCAGACUGGGGGGCCAUUUUUGCCCAGGGCCGGGUUAUACCACACCACGUGCAGAGAUGGAAGCACAGCGCUGGCGACUCGGCCGGAUUUCAGAUUUUCUUGGGAACUCUGGAAGGAAUUCCGAAUAAUCAGGGGACCUCUGAGGGAAAUGCUGACGCUCAAUAUCAGGUCCGACUUUCUCUGUUUGAUUUCCCUUACCACCAUUUCUUUGGAAGGACUUGGAAAAGUUCAGUUAAGCCACUGAAAACUCUCUCGGGUCAGACAUCAAAAGUCUUCUUCAAUGAGACCAUUUACUUUCAUACAUCCUUGAACGAUCCUAACAUUGUUAUUGUGGCUGAAGUGAUCGCUAUAUCCAAAAAGAGAGAUGGAACCAGGCAGGAGUUAUCAUGCGGUUUUGGGCUCAUCCGGCUCCUUAUCAACCAGCCAGAUGAAGACACAGCCAGUCAAAGCAAAAGAAUAUCGCUUGCUAGCAAGGAAGCAGCAAAUAAGAGACAUUUUGCUGGUCUGGCCAGCAGAGGAGUGAACAGACACAUGACGUUGAUUGAGAAAAGCCACAUACAGUACAUUGUACGGAGACACAAUGGGCUGCAAGAUAUAUUCCAUCUACUUCCUCCAAACGCCCUUGUAUCCGGAUCAGAGAAAAUCCCUGGCAUUCUGCAUGGAAGAGAUGACACAGGAGAUGCCUUGAAGAAACCGCACCUCCAGAAAACGAUCACUUGUCACUUAGACAGACUCUAUCUGAUGAUGUAUCCAUCACUAGAGAAGUUUGAAGAAGAAUUGCUUAUCCUGGUUAAUAGUGAUUGCUUGCCUAAGGGGAGCCCCAUUGCCGGCGGGACUCCUGUUUCAAUCCAAGAGCGGAGAUUACACAUUGGUGUUCACAAUGGCUGGUGCUUUGUGCAGCCGUCUCAGGUUGUGGUGGUAACACCGGAGAACCGAACCAUAAAGGGACAUACCGUCUCUAGCCUGAGAAAAAAACAGACCAGCAGUCAGACACUAAGUUCUACAGCUCUGGUACUAAGGAGCCGCAUACGCCUGCCUGAAAUGGUCAAUGACCCAAGAUUUGCCAUCGUCUUCCUGCUGGAGUAUGUCUUCUGCGUACCUAGUGGUGUCGGCGGCAAGGUUGCCUUGGCAUCAGUGCCAAAUACAUCCUACAUGCGCAUGAUACGUUGGGCCUCCUGGAACCAUCUUUUAGGAGCUGGGGCAACAGAAGUGACUGUAUCUCUUCAAGGUGGACCACCAGCAAAUCCCAGUAACAAUCUGGUAUACAAGAUUCCCCCAACCAACAUGAGCUCAGACGAGGUGCAGCAAGUGGAAGGUGGAACCUUGUUUUUUAACUUUAGCUUACGGUCUGAACGUCAGCUCGACGACAACGAAUCCGUGGUCAGCCUGUCCCAAGAGCUUGUCCAGUCCAAGAAGAAAGUUACCCUGGGGAAUGCAAAGACAAUGGCGCCAACAUCGGUCAACCUUCAGGAAUCUCAGAUAGGACCGGCGCUGUCGAUAUCCCAGCUGACUACAUCAUCUCGCUAUCCAACCAUAAGUCACUCAUCUAAAAUACCUUUACAGCAAGUCCCCAGCCAGCUCAUUCCUUCACCAAUGGCCUUUCAGCUGUCUCAUGCGGAGAUCCCGGGAGCCAGCGGCAUUACUCACCUUGAAGCGGAGAUGGGUGACCAUAACCUGGAAUACUCCAAUGCCGACCAUCUUCAGGAGUUGGCCUUCUCCCCUGUUCAUGCUCCUGUUGUUGCAAUGGGGACUCAGACUGGGAGCACUACCUCCAUUUUGUCCCGAGCCGCCCUGGCCCGUCUCCACUCUGUCGGCUUCCCUGAAAUUUUGGACUGCAAUAAUGAAGUGGCGGAAGUGGACGAUCCGUCGAGUCCGGUGAACUUCAACCCUCAGAGAGAAGAAGCUGAUUAUCUGCAGUGCAAUGAAAUAGUCCUGCAGUUCCUGGCCUUCAGCAGCAUACAAGAACGUAACUUGCCAAUGAACUGGCCGCAGACCGUUUACUUCACCUUCCAGUUCUACCGAUUCCAGCCAGUAACGACUCCUCGCCUACAGCUAGUACAAGUUCACUCUAAAGGGGCAUCGCGGACCGAAACCCCAGCCCGGGUGAUAGUGUCGGUUAACAAGGACGGCUCGAUAAACCAGGGCUGUCCGGGCUAUCAGCUGAAGUACAUGGUGGAUCCUGGAUCUCUGAAGCCAGGAGAACAGCGCUGGUUUUUACGUUAUCUGGCUCUGCAAACUCUUCAGAUUGACGUUUGGGAUGGAGACUCCCUGCUGCUCAUUGGGUCAGCAGCUGUAGAAAUGAAGCAUUUGCUACGUCAAGGCCGCACCGCAGUUCAGGUGGCUCACGAGCUGGAGGUCAUCACGACGGAAUACGAACAAGACUUGAUGGUCAUGAGCGGUGAUAUCUCAAAGCAAGGCGUCGUUAAACCCAUUGGAGUUCACACAGUUAUUAAAGGAAGACUCCACCUCCGCAUGGGCAAUGCUGGUCAUCUUUUGGACCAGAAAUUAAAGAGAUCCGAAUCUCUUCCCGCAUCAAGGUCUCGCAUCAUCACCGCUCAUGACGGAAGGAGUAGCUUUCGUGGAGGCAGCUUCUUUUCAAGCCGAACCUUGGCCACCAGGAAAAAUGUUUCCCAGGCUCAGAAGCUGGCCGACUUAGACAGCGAAUUGGCAGCCAUGUUGUACAGUCGAAUGAAGGAGGCUAGCAUGGCCUACCAGCAGCCAAACAGUGAGACCGAUGCCGCUCACAGACGCAAGAUGGAGAGAAUGAUGGCGGUCAGACAGCUCGAGUCCCAAGGGGACCUCGGCAACACAAAAUCAUUCUUAUUGUCUCCACACGAGGAGCGCACUCAGCACACUAGAGAUUUGCAGAUCAUUGAAGCAUACAGAGAGCGCACCAAAGCAGAGUGUAUCUCCAGUAUGCUGAAUGAGGCGAUUACCUCAAAUUACACUGUCUAUGCUACUCUGGGCACGGCGGAAUUCUUUGAGUUUCAGCUGAAAAACCCAUACAACGUACAGUACACCGUCUCUAUUGAGAUUGAUCACGCCGACCUCAGGGUGAUUGUGAAUACGCAGGAGUGGAGACAUUUUAAAGAACUGACAAACACAACAACACCCAUAGAGGAGAAUAUGUUUCACAUCGAUCAGCAAAGUGUUUUACCGCAACUGUACUUGCGACCUAAAGAGACGGUUUAUGUUCCAUUCACAUAUCAGACCUUCUCCUUGGACCAUACCACUAUGCUGCAGAGUCCUGGCAUUUCCAGUUCUCAUAAGGACACAGUGUCACAGUACAAGUCCAACACCAUGUCUUCCAAAAUCAUUAAGGUCUCCUUUAAGACAUCAGAUGAAAAGCCUAUUGCCAUUCUUCGGGUGAAUGUGGAACCUCAACCGCAUGUUGUCGAUCAGACAUUCCGAUUCUAUCACCCAGAGUUGACGUUCUUGAAAAAGUCCAUCCGGCUACCACCAUGGUAUUCCCUUCCAGGAGCUCCGGUUGGAACACCAGGAGGGGAGCCAGAACUGUUUGUACGCUGCAGUGACCCCAACAUUAUCUGUGAUACAAAGAAACUGGGUCAUGGAGAACCCCAAGAUGUGUUUGUGAAAGUUGCUGGAGGGCCCAGCCCGCAGAUUAAGAAGUUCUUUAUUGUUAUUUAUACGGACCGAUGGCUGGCUGCUCCAAUCCAAAUCUGGCAGAUCUACGUCCAUUCCCUGAAAAGAGUGGACCUCGGCUGUGUAACUGGCCAGCUUACGCAAAUGUCUCUGGUCCUUCGAGGGACACAAGUGGUGCGCAAGGUCAGGGCGUACACGUCUCACCCGCAUGAACUGAAGGUGGAUCCGGAAGAUGUGUUUGUGCUUCCACCGAACGGCAUCCAAGACCUUCACAUCGCAGUGCGGCCAAACAAAGCUGGCAGCAGAUUCAUCUACCUCAACCUAGUAGACGUGGACCAACAUCAGCUUGUAGCCUCCUGGUUAGUCUGUGUAGUUAGCCGGAAUCCCGUUAUUUCCAAGGCCUUUGAAAUUAUGAUUCCCUCUGGAGACAAGGGCUGCAACAAAAGGAUCACAUAUACAAACCCCUAUCAAGUAAAGAAGAGGUACACCCUCCAAACAAACAGAGCGGACCUACUGCAGUUUAAGGAAGACUCCUUUGAGGUGGGAGGCGGGGAAACCUACACCAUUGGACUGCGCUUUGCACCCAGCGACAGCAGCGGGUUGGAAGAAAUUCUCAUAUUUAUCAACGACCAUGAAGAAAAAAAUGAGGAGACUUUCUGCGUCAAGGUCAUUUACGAACAAACAAAGAAAUCCCUUUGA